CUUUUUGAUUGGAGCAAAUAUCAUCAAAAGAAUUAGUGUGCUUGGAAAACACUUUUUCUAUCCAUUUUACUAUUGUCGUAUAAUGGAGCGGCUAGAUUUACCAGAAUAUGCUGAAGAUGCUGCCAUCCUGAGGUUUUAUCAUCUUGAUUCACUUGAUUCUGAUGUUUGGAUAGAUGAUGGUGUUGUUUCUGACAACAAUCAAGAAACUGAAAAGGAAUCAAGUAUUCGUCAAUUUCAACAUCCCGAACAAGAAGAUACUGUAAAUAGCAUCUCUAUUCCUCCUCCUGAAAAUGAUAUUGAUUUACAAAUUAUUGACGAUAGCGAUCCUUUGGGAGUAUAUCGUUCUAUAUUUCCAGACGGUCCAUCUAGAAAUACGAAUAUUUCACAAUUAAAAGAAAAAACAACCAUCAUGAUUGCCAAUAAGAAAUUUCAGCCUCGACAGUUUUUACUUCAAGUUCAUAAAAAUACCUCUUAUAAUGACCUUGUAGCAGGUGAAGACCGUUUAAGAAGAGGAGUUGACCAAAGGGCUGAAGCCUUAAAAAACCUUGUACAUCAAAACUUUGAUCGUUUUGUAAGUGCUAAAAAUACGAUUGACCAUGUUUAUGAAGAAAUGAAAUCAAAGCAACUAAACCAGCAACAAGAGUAUGGAACUAUUGGUAUUCAAGCUGCUUUAAAUGAUGCGAAUAAUCGUGCUGAACAAGUAUAUGGUCCAGUAGUUGAGAGACGUCAAAGAGUAGAAAAAGUGAAAAAUACAUUAUAUGUUUUACAAAGAUAUAAAUUCUUAUUUAAUUUACCAAGUAAUCUUUUAGAAUCAAUUAAACAGAAUAAAUAUGAGGCAGCUAUUAGAGACUAUAAAAAAGGCAAAUAUUUAUAUCAAGUGCUUAAGGGAGAUCUAGGUACAACAGAUAGAACAUCAGGCUUAGGUGAAAUUGAAAAAGAGAAAGGAUUGACUGAAUUACACCAUAAAGUCUUUGACAAAGUUUGGGAAGAAGUAAAUAAGAUUGUCGCUGAAUUACAAACUAUAUUACUUAAAAUGUUAGCUGAUCCAUGGAGAAGUAUGGAGGAUCAAGAAAAGACAAUCGACUUUCUAUUUGAUUUGGAUACAACUGAAGACCCUGCUUGGUUUUAUUUGGAUAGUCAAUAUCAAUGGAUUAUGGGAUUAAUGAAGGAGACUUAUGAUGCAUGUGUAGCAAAGAUCAAUAGUUUAAAUCAAGAAAAUAGUCAUGUCGAGGAAUCGAUUGUUAAACGUAGUUUGUCACUUAAAAAGGCAAUUGGACAAAUACAGAAAAAGAUAACUGAUUUCAAUACGGAAUCAACCCAUGAAUUAAAAAUUUGGCAAGCCAUUUUAGAUUUAGUAAAGUCUUUAUCUUCACUUUUAUUACGAUGUUUACCUGAUUUCUGGAGACUCUCGACAGCUUUUAUUGAAGGCAAAUUUACUAAUAAAUCAGUAGUAUCCAUUUCUGGAUCAGGAAAUACCAACAAUACCACGAGUCCAACUACACCUUCAUCACGAAGAAGACGUCAUGGUAUGGACAUGGCUAAAGUAGAACAAUGUCAACGAAUGACACAAGAAAUCAUUGGAAGAUAUGCUUCACUCAUAUCAGACUAUUUCUCCCUUAACCAGAGACAUCUUCAAAUGAAAAAAAAUAUGGAUGGAUCUGAAACAUAUUCAAUGCCCUCAUUUGUGCCUAUCAAUACAAACUCUAUUUACACAUCCGAAUACUUGACAUUGAUUAUUAGUGAUUUAGCGAAUUGUGUCAAUGAUAUCAAUAGCAUUCAUUUAGCGGGUGAAGCAUUUUCUGGUUUGUCAGAGUUAAUAGAGAAAACAAGAUCUAAAUUUAUUGAUGUGGCUUGUAAAUGUUGGGAAAGAGAUGCAAAGCAUUUUUACAUGUUGGAAGAAUGGAUAUUAGAUUCACAAAACCCUCGAAUUACAACAUUAUUAAAACGAUAUUACGACUAUCAUAAAUUUUGUGCAAGGUCUGCUUAUAAGAUCGCUAGUCUAUCAGCUAUACCAGAUAAUAUAAAUGAACAGGAAAAACAACUCAUUGCUCCAAACUAUAUAGAAAAAGUACGCGAAUCUUUCUUAGAAUCUAUGUAUACUUUCUUGGAUGGAUUAGUUCAAUUAGCCCUUGCCAAUUACACUCCACUUAAUGAAAAAGAAGAGAUUCUGUUAGCAAAGAAAAGGGAUAAGAUUGAUGUUGAUUCCGUAGAUAUACGUAUUUUAUUAACUGUUAGUAAUCUGGAACAUAUGCGAGCAAGUGUCAUACGAAAACUAAUUAGUUUAUUUGAAGCUGCAUACAAUAUACAAAUGAAUGAAGACUUACAUACUUUAAUUGACGUUAUUGAUCGAUUGGAUCAAAUUUUAUUUGGUGAUUAUAUUAAGCGUAAAUCACAAAAAAUUCGUGAUAUAAUUAGACAAGGUAUUCUUAUGAGUGGCAUUGAUUGGUCUAGUAUUCCUAAACCACAAGAAGUCCAUCCUUUCGUAUACGAAGCACUCAUGGUGCUUGUCAUGGUACAUUCACAAAUCAGUAGCAUCGCUAAACAAUUAAUACCAAGAGCAUUGUCCAAAUUACUUGAAAAUAUGGCAACUGAUUGCUUAGAUAGUUUUAGACAAGUAGAAAGAUUUGGAAUGGGUGGUAUGCUUCAAGCUACAUUAGAAAUCGAAUUUAUGCAUCAAACAUUAUCACAAUAUGUAACACCUGCUGCAUCUAAUACCCUUCAAUCUAUUUAUCAAACUAUAGAACAAGCCUAUGAUCCUCAACAACAGCAAUCAGCUAAUCUUCAAUCUGAAUUAAGUCAUGUAAAAGAAUUACUUGUCUUUAGUCGAAUUAGUGUAUCAAGGCCUUUCUAUUAUGGAAGUAUAGCUACACCAUUAAACGGGAAAAAGGUAGCUGAAUCAGAUCAUACUCAUAAAUGGACAGUUAUGGUGAAGGGAUUAAAUAAUGAAGAUCUUAGUUAUUACAUUAAAAAAGUAGUCUUUAAGCUUCACGAAACAUAUCCCAACCCUUUAAGAACUGUUGAGCAUCCACCAUAUGAAAUAUCAGAAACAGGAUGGGGUGAAUUUGAAAUAAUGAUCAAAAUAUAUUUUCAACCAGCUGCUAGUGAAAAACCAGUUGUCUUGUAUCAUCAUUUACGACUUCAUCCUUAUGAAGAUGAUCUAAAUGGACAACCAUGGCCCAAGGAUAAACCCGUAAUGAGUUUAUUAUAUGAUGAAUUCGUAUUUAAUGAACCAACGGAAUCACUAUAUCAACUCUUUUCUGAACAUAAUGCUUUGUCACUCAAUUUACCAAACAAGAAAUCAAUUAAAGAUCCUUUAAUGCCCUUAUUUAGUGUACAAUUAGAACAAGAGGAAAUUGAACGUUUGGAUAAAGCUCAACAAGAAAUUAAUUCCCAGAUUGCAACAUUAAAGCAAAAAUUGGCUUCUUUUGAUUAAAGAACACACACACACGUUGUACAUAUAUACUCUUUUUUUUUUUUUCUCAAAGAAGAAGAAGAAGAAAAAAAAAUUUAUUAAU